GAACCCAUCCACGUAUUCCUCCUCUGCACUCCUCUUCUUUCGUUCUAUGGGGAAUGUCAGAUGAUCGUCACACAUGGAAAUCUUUUACUAUGUCAUCCAAAUGAUCCGACGCAAACUUUCCUUGCCUGGCCUCUCACGUCAAUCAAAAAAUACACCUGCGAUAAGGAUAAAUUCAUCAUGCAGACUGGAAGGUCCUGUAAGACAGGGGAGGGUCUGUUCAUCUUUAACACGCGCAUGGGGCCGAUGAUUGUCAAAAGAAUCAAAGUCAGUUUUUUUAACCUUUCGAAAGUAUUCAAGCCACUUCUGAUAAAUUAUUGA